CCUAUGUUUGCUCACUCAAUUCUUGGAGCACUUGUGAGUGAAGGUAGCCAAGAUGUGCAUGUCCAUAAUGCUCUUAGUAAAAUCAUCAUUGACAACAACAACAAUCCUGAGCAUUUCCUUACUACCAACCCAUUUUACGACUCUCGUGUUGUGGGUAAAUAUUGUGAAAAGCGGGAUCCUACACUUGCUGUUGUUGCUUACAGACGUGGGCAGUGUGACGAUGAACUUAUUAACGUCACUAACAAGAAUUCGUUAUUCAAGCUGCAAGCUAGGUAUGUGGUUGAGAGAAUGGAUGGUGAUCUAUGGGAUAAAGUUCUUCAGCCCGAGAAUGAAUAUAGAAGGCAACUCAUUGACCAAGUGGUUUCGACUGCAUUACCUGAGAGCAAGAGCCCCGAGCAAGUGUCUGCUGCUGUUAAGGCUUUCAUGACUGCUGACCUGCCACAUGAACUGAUUGAGCUUCUUGAAAAGAUUAUUCUUCAGAAUUCUGCUUUCAGUGGAAAUUUCAAUCUGCAGAACCUGCUCAUCUUGACUGCCAAAGCCCAGUUACGUGAAGGUCUGGUCAGUGAAGCAAUUGAGUCCUUCAUUCGUGUAGAUGAUGCUGCACACUUCCUUGAUGUUAUCCGUGCAGCCGAGGAAGCUAAUGUGUACAAUGAUUUAGUGAAGUACCUAGAUCAACUCACUUGUUAUGAUUGUUGAGUUGAUUCUUGAUAGCAUCACUAAACAAUGAUAUAUUUGUGUACAAGUGUCCCCCGUUGCAACGCACGGGCAUAUACCUAGUUAAUAUUUUAAUUAUAGAAACAACAUGAACACUAA